UCGUGGUGUGCUCUUGCCUACCCCGCCGACCAAAGUGCCAUGUGGACUUAGAUCAGAGAUUUUUCUGAAGAUCAGGGUGCCACGGCGAGAUGAUAAGGUUAACAAAGUGGAGCAGGGCCAUGACCACAUGGACGCUAUGGAAGCUACGCGGGCUUCCCCGGCGCCGAGGCCCUGGCGAGGCGGAUGCCAGGACCAGAGCCCGCGGACAGACUGUUGGAGGCGGAAGGGACCUCAGACCUUCCGGGCGGGCUGCUUCCUGAAUCGUGCUCUUCGUGGGGCGUCGUCGAGGCUAAGGGCUGCGUGGCAUCGGAAGCGUGCGCGCGUCGGAAGGAAUGCGACAUUGGAGGGCCCAAGUUGCAGACAUAUGUAUCGAUUUUGACUGAUAGCUCUCUACCAGAAGGCAUCGUGAAACACAAGUUGGUGUGGGAUACCGACGGCGUUGGUCUCUCUGGCUGUUCCUGCGUCGGUACCUGCAUUAGAGGCGCUGUCGACCACAGAAGAGGCCGCUUUUCGUCACUGUGGGGGAAAAAAAGAAUGGGUGACGACGCGAUUGGGCGAGCGAGGUGCCCUCCACGCCGUUUCGCAUGCAGGCGAGCGUGUUCUGAACGAGGAUUUGCGAGGAUAAAGCAGCGGCACAACUAGGCCACAUGGGGACGCAGUGGUGGCCGAUGUGCAUUCAAUGGUGGUGUGCAAGCCAGCAUAAUUUGCCGCUACCAAACCCAAAAUAGAAGCUCAAUAAGUUGUGCCGAUUAUCACGACGGGAUAAGUGUUUAUUGAGGGCUGACGGAAUUAUACACGGUGUGCACAAAAGUGGCAGCCGCGAAGAUAGAAACGCCCGUGCUGACUGCGU